GAUUGGUUGCUUUGCUCUAAUGUGUGAUUGGUUUGUGUAACAGCAAGGUCUGAUUGGACAGUGGGGUUCUUGGGGCCAGUUGAACAGUUAGAAAAUUCAGAUGGAAAACAUGGUGAACUUGCUGAGAGGUGUAAGAAUCGGGGGGAAAGUGAGUAAGAAAGGCGCUGCUUCAGAAAUGUCUUUAAGUAAUAAUAAUAACUCUGGGCAGCUCCCAACAGAUUGAAAACAGAAUCAAACAUCAAACAUUAAAAACUUCCCUAAACAGGGCUGCCUUCAGAUGUCUUCUAAAAGUCAGAUAGUUGUUUAUUUCCUUGACAUCUGAUGGGAGGGCAGUCCACAGGGCGGGUGCCACCACCGAGAAGGCCCUCUGCCUGGUUCCCUGUAACCUCACCUCUCACAGUGAGGGAACCGCCAGAAGGCCCUCGGAGCUGGAUUUCAGUGUCUGGGCAGAACGAUGGGGGUGAGUAUUGUUAUAUUUAUAUUCUAUUUCCCCCCCAGGAUCUCAGGGUAGAGUACUUGGUUCUCCCUUCUUUAUCCUCACAACAACCCUGUGAGGUAGAUAGGUAGUCUGAGAGAUAGGGACUGGCCCAAAUGAGCUUCAAGGUCACCCCAAAUCCCACUGAAUUAAAGGAGAUUUGGGACUAAGUAACAUAUGUAUCAUUUAUAUGUGUCAUUUUUGGAUUUGUGGCUUGUCUUCUGAAUGGUAAAUAGCAGGCACAGCCACUCCCCCUUCAAAAAAUUAGAAUCAGAACCACAGCAUGUUGGGAGAGAGGGAUUAAUCCAUUUUGCCCCUGCAAUUGUCACAAUAACAACAAAAAGGCUGUCCCAGAGGAAUGCUUCAAUUGAUGUCAAUCAUGGUAAUGGAAAAUUAAUAACAAAACCUUGGACUAAGUGACCAGUAUAUACAUAUUAUUUCAUAAUAAUUAAGGACUUUAAUAGUACACUGUUGCUCUUUGCAACCAUCAUUAUUAACCUUGAGUGAGCUUGUGGGGGGCAGAGGAAUAAAUUCUCUGUUUUGGGACUCUCACAGUAGAUUUGGCAGAUUGCUUUGGAAAGGGCAAUGAAGAGAUAACAGGAACUUGAAGAGUUUAUUUCCGUGGCAACCUCACCCAAUGAUACCUGUUGCCUGGUAGGAAGCAAGACAAAACAAGCACCAGUCAGACACCAGUUCUCCAGCGCAUGGUAUUACCUGAAGCAGGUGGCAGAGUGAGGUGAUGAGCAGUUGUGAAGUGUUAAGAGGACAGAGUUGUGUGUGUCACAUGGCCUGGACGGUGGUGGAGGUCCUUGGGAACUGAGUGGGGAUGGAAGCACUGGGAGGGAAGGCGAAGCAAGAGUGAAGAGGUUCCAUGAAUACCUCUACGGCAGGACUUUUGACCUCAUCACUGACCACAAGCCGCUCCUGGGCCUCCUCGUCGGUGAUCGUCCAACUCCACCGGUCCUCUCGCCAUGCAUGCUGCGAUGGACUGUUUUCCUGGCUGCCUACCACUACCGGCUUGUCCAUCGCCCGGGGAAAUCGAUGGGCCAUGCCGACGCCCUCAGCCGUUGCCCUCUUCCAGCGUUUGUGGAAGACCCGGCUCCUGCUUCAUCGCUCCUCCUGAUUGAGGAUCUUUCGGCAGCGCCUGUAUCGGCUGCCACUGUGGCCUCCGCAUCUGCCCAGGAUUGCACCAUCAGCCGUGUGCUCAACUGGGUGUGGAGGGGGUGGCCACAAGGGCCUUUUGCAUCGGAGUUCCAACCGUUCGCAACCAGACAACAUGAACUCUUGGCUCAUCGCGGCUGUCUGCUGUGGGGAGACCGCGUCGUGAUUCCCCAAAGACUCCGUCAAUGUGUCCUGGAGGCUCUGCACGUUGGCCACCCAGGAAUCGUCAAAAUGAAGGCGUUGGCUCGGUGUUACGUCUGGUGGCCUAACAUGGACGAUGCCAUCACUGCCUGGGUGUCCGCCUGUCAAGCGUGCCAAGAAUCAAGGCCUGCACCACCGGCAGCUAAGGGACACACCUGGGAGACGCCCAAGACACCCUGGUCGAGGGUGCACAUCGAUCUGGCCGGCCCCUUUCACAGCCGGACCUUUAUGGUAGUGGUGGACGCCUAUUUCAAAUGGCUGGAGGUGGCCCUGAUGCCCUCCACCACUACCGAGGCCGUCAUCCGGGUGCUGCGAGGCCUCUUUGCGACGCAUGGGUGUCCUGAUGUCCUUGUCUCCGACAAUGGACCGCAGUUCACGUCAGGCACUUUUGAGCGGUAUCUUUUGGGACUGGGCAUCCGCCAUGCCCUAACGGCACCAUUUCAUCCAUCCAGCAAUGGGCAAGCGGAGAGAAUGGUGCACUCGGCAAAACAUGCACUGGCGCGCCUGGACCGGGGAGACUGGCAUGAGCGGGUCACCGAAUACUUGUUCGUGCAACACAUCACCCCUCCUGCGGCCACAGGGCGGAGUCCUGCCGAACUGCUUAUGGGCCGCCGCCUCAGGUCCCCGCUCUACCGCCUGCACCCGGACUUUGCCAUGGCCGAACCCCCAGGCUGCGCCAAUGCGCCACGGUCAUUUGUUCCAGGAAACCAGGUCUUUGCCCGGAACUAUGUGGGGGACAUUCCUUGGGUGCCAGCCACAGUAGUGGGAGUCACUGGACCUCGCUCGUACCAGGUGGCACUCGAAGACGGACGCUUGUGGUGCCUGCACAUAGACCAGCUUAGGCGCAGGGUUGGGGACUUGGACACUACCGUGGUGCCCCCAACUGCGCUCGUGGCUCCGGAAGAGACACUUACAGAUGGUGAGGCUCCACCUCUCUCGCAAACUGCCAGCGUGGAGCCGAACCAAGCCACUUCAGAGGGUCUGCCAGACUUACCACAGACUCAGACCACUCCACUUGCGGAGGCUCCACCCACAGCAGCGGAUCCAGGGGACUUGGUUUCAAUGCCACCUAGGGUCGCACCACAGCCUCAGCAAGAAUUGGGUGGCCCCCCAGACUUGGCUACCAGUCCCCGGUGGUCUGGCAGAGUUUCCAAGCACCCAACUUAUUUAAAGGACUAUGUUGUUGGACAUGUAUCACCGUUGGUCUAAGUAUGUGAAAUGUAACCGAUAUGCUGGCUAGAUCAGCAGCAAUUUCCAGGUCAUUGUGUUUAGCUCUCAGGGAUGAAAACUUCACUUCUUAGUUUCAGUCUGUGUAGCCUCUGUUAAAGAGAUAGGAGCAGGCAAUGGCAAUUUUCUUCCCUUUAGCCAUUUGGCAAUCCCAAGCAAAAGCUUUGUCCUGUACUGUAUCAGCUCAUGCAGAAGUGAAGCAAAAAUGGGAGCGGUCUAAUGCUGUUUGAAAAGGUCAGGUUUAACAUAGCAGGGUUUUGAACAUCUCCUUCUGUUGUAGUUGUGGGAGGAAGAUGUGGCCGGGCAGGGCCUAUAUAAAGAAUGAGCAUGAUGUGGUUUCUUCACGCCUGUCAGAUUCCCUGACUGAGAGUAGAGAUGGCUCCUGUCAUAGCUUUCCUCACAUGCACCUGGGCUCUUCUGCCACUACUUAUGGCAUCUGAAGGUAAGAACCAUUCCACCUGUCAAUUCUCUGGCCCCUUUCUGCUGGGUUGGUGUGUGUGUCAUUUUACGUUCUUAUUUAUUUAAUGAGAUUUAUACCACUUAAUCAUGAAAGCCUCUAAGUGGUUUACAUAAAAUAUGCAUUAAUAUUAUUGAUAAAAUAAAUGCUGAAAAUAAGCCACCCUAUUCCCCCCAUAAAGCCAAGAGUUUUAAAAAAUAUGCAUUAUGAAACACAUAUUACCGUAGUUUUCUGUGUAUAACAUGCCCCUGUGUAUAAGACGCCACCUAUUUUUGGGGACUCAAAAUUAAGAAAAUGCACUAUGCACUAUCCAUGUAUAAGACAACACCUUCUUUUAAACUUCAAGAAUGUAGGAAAAUGUUUAGUCUUAUACACAGAAAAAUAUGGUCUAUAUUACAUCAUAUCAAAUGGGAUUACCUGUAUGGGCAGACUUGCUUAAGCAUUUUUUUUAAAAAAGCUGGCGCCAAAAAGUGUACAUCAAAAGUGCCUAAUAUCAUGGAUCUAGUUACAGAUCUGAAGAAGUGUGCAUGCACAUGAAAGCUCAUAGCAAUAACAAACUUAGUUGGUCUCUAAGGUGCUACUGGAAGGAAUUCUUUUAUUUAAUAUCAUGGAGUCCUACUUUCAACAAAUCCCUUGCAGUUGAUUUUAGCUUUAAUAGUUAAUCUUUUAUUUUUGCAUUGAAUAUUAAAACACACAAAUUGACAUAUUGAAAAAUGACAGAUUACCGGUAAUUACAUAACUAGUAAUGUUAUCAUAAUCGGGCAUGCUGAGGAAAUAAGUAAUUUGCCAUCCAAAUAAGACACCAUGUCUCCGUUCCCCCCCAAUUCCACAUAUUAAUUUGAUCCAUUACAUCAAAUAAAGCUCUCUGUAAUUCAGGUUAUCAUGUUCCACGCAGUAUUUUACAAAGGAGCCCCAUAUUAAAUAAAAGUGAUAUUUCCUUCUUCCAAGAAAAGGGGGUUCUCCUUAUUUAUUGAAACCUGCACAGUAGCAAACAAUGUUCCUAGAUUUUAGGCAUUUCAUCACUGACCUUUUUUAAUACUGAAACCAAAGCAAAGCAAAACAGAAGCACUUGGGUCAAAAUAAAUUCUGGCAAAGUUGAUUGAUUUUUUUUGCCACUGGGGUGCUUUUUUUUUUGCUCCCACACCCAAAUGAAACGUAUGAGACACAAGUGGAAGAAAGGUUAUAUAUAACAAGUAGUUUAACCAAAUUAACCAAAUUAGUAAAGUAUGCUGCUGUUGAAUGCUCCCCUGCAGUGUGCAUGCCAGGCCCUAAAAGGGUCCAUAGUGCACCAUGCAUUUUUGUACACAUUAUUCAGUUAGAGAAUUCCACUGCAAAAUUUGGAGACGUGAGAAUUUUGAAGGCACAUUGUUUUGAAAAGUGCAAAUUUGGUAGAUUUGCCUUUAAAUGAGAACUGAAUCAAACCUAGCUCCUGGACACCCAAGGAACAUCCAUGAUAGAUGGCCUUCUCUUCUGUAUUUUUCUUUUCACACAGUUUCUGCUGAGUGUGGUGCAACUUUCCUUAUUUUUCCUUUUCCUUUGUCUCCCUUCCAGCCCCUCCAGGCUGUGUUCUCCCCUUCCUUUUCAAUGGCAGAUACUACUCUUCGUGCACCACUGAUGGCAACCCUGACCAACAGCUGUGGUGUGCCACAACUGAAAACCAUGACAAGGAUCGUAGAUGGAAGCCAUGUGCUCUUAGAGGUGAGAGGCAUACAGUCCUUCUGGUAACAUUCAUUUGCGUGUUAAUAUGUCGUCCUGCAGACUAUGUUUAUUUACACAAUGAAGUGUUCUAUGAGUUGAAAUCGAUCCAAAAAGGUCCUAGCAGGGCUGGCCUGCUCAUGAGGUAGACGGAAGCAGCAACCUCAGGCAGUGGAAUCCAAUGGGGGUGGCAAUCCUAUGGCUAGCAAGCAUCACCAGCAGGCCAGUGGGACAGGGAUUCCCCUUACUCUACCACCACCUCUCCCUCCUCCUCUUAAAGAUGUUAUUCCAUUUUCUGAGCUUGCAAAAAGUCCUUUUGUACCAUCCUAAAGGGAGUUCUAAUCCUCACAAUGCCCAGUAAUGCUCAUUGCCCCCUCUUCAAAUUAGCUCCUUUGGGCAGUUGCCCAUUUGCCCUCUUGUAAAUAUUACUCUGAUGGAACAUUUGUUCUGAUCUGUUUGUGGGGAGGUUAUACAACAGCAAGCAUUCAUCCUGAUUUGUUUGCACAACAUUUACAGUGGUACCUCGGGUUACAUACGCUUCAGGUUACAGACUCUGCUAACCCAGAAAUAGUGCUUCAGGUUAAGAACUUUGCUUCAGGAUGAGAACAGAAAUCGUGCUCCGGCGGUGCGGUGGCAGCAGGAGGCCCCAUUAGCUAAAGUGGUGCUUCAGGUUAAGAACAGUUUCAGGGUAAGUACGGACCUCCGGAACGAAUUAAGUACUUAACCUGAGGUACCACUGUAUAUGUCUUACCAUUAGACAUUUGUUUAUCCCAGACUGUUCAGGGCAUUUCUCUGCCACUUUACUACUUGUAAAAGUAUGUAUGUAUGUAUUUUAAAGUGGCUUUAAGCUACUUCAACUGUGCAAACCUGAAUUCCUGAUGUGGACAUGAAUCCCUCCUGCAAGAUAUUUUGCUCUGGAGGUGACCAAAAAGAUUAACAAAGUUCAUUACAGUCUCAAUCUCAUCCUAUUGUUAAGAAGAGCAGCUUUGCAGGGAGUGAUUAACCAUCUUCCUACUCCAAAUUACUCACCAUUAGCUGUUUUCCCCUCUUGCAGUGUUGAUACUGCAUAUCGGCCCAUGCAAACAUGUUUGAACGUGUGUGUGUGUCUAGGCAAUAUGGAGAUAGGGGUCAACAUACUCUAUCACUGCUUUUCUGCUCUCAGUCACUCUACUCAAAUGUGCCUCCCCCAGUAAAUGGGCAAUGACACAUUUAUACUUUUGUGUAACAUAUAGUAACCCUCUGACCUCCCCAUUCAGGAAGUAAAUAGGUUUAAUUCUCGUUAAUGAUACGUAUCUGUGACAACCCCCAGAGGCAGUGUCUAUAUAGGCACUAUGUGUCUUUGCCUGAGUGGUUGGAUUUCAAUCCCAGCAGGCAAAGGAAAUGGGGUUUGGUGGUGGGCAGUUGAUCAGCAGCAUAUACAGAUCCUGAAGCCUUUGUCUGCCUGGUUUGAUUUGUCUUGCCUACCUGUCAAAAUAGCCCACAGUGUUUGGGGCAGGUAAGAAUCUGGCUGUUGGCUGCACCCAGUUCCCUGCCCCUGCGAUAGGGUGUGACUAUUAUUUUAAAAAAGGAUAAUAUAAGAAAGAAGCAAGAAAACUGUUACUAAUGAUUUAUUGGCAUAAACAUGCACAAACUCUGCUUUUGUCUUUUGCCUAGAAUAUGGAGGCAACUCGAAUGGAGCAGAAUGUGUUUUCCCCUUCAGCUACAAAGGCCAUACUUACUACACCUGCACUAACAAAUUCGAAAUAAAAGGGCGCUACUGGUGUGCUACAACAGGAAGCUAUGAUAAGGACAAGAAGUGGAGCUUCUGUGCUGACACCAGUAUGUAAACUGGGGGCCUGUUGGAUUAGAAGCCAGGGUUGGGUGCGUCACAGGGCUUGGAAGAUGGCUGGUUGUAGAUUAAGCACAAUGAAUGAUUUUUUUGGGGUACACAUUACUGAGAAUAUUCCCUUGUAAAUUCCAUUCUCUGCAAAUGCUCUUUGUAAACUCUCCUUUCCAGUGCUUUGCUUUCACUUUGACAUCAGCAUCAGCAUUGGCCAGGCAGUCACAUUACAAAAUGGAAGUGUGAAAUUAAGGGUGUCAGAGCCACCCAAAAUUAAGCAGUUUUUCCAUUUAUUUUAGUGGGUGGAUUACAGACCCUCCAAGUGUCACUAUUUUCCAGGGAAAGUCCUAAAUUUACAGAAGCCAUUCUGGUUUUUUAUUUGAUCUGCUCCUGGAAUGCCCCGCUUUUCCUUAGGGUGUCCCUAUUUUCAUUGGAGAAACGUUGGAGGGUUAGGCAUAUGUUUAAUUUUCUCCCAUUGGAAUCAAUGGAACAUGAGCGGCAAUCCUAUACACACUGUUUUGGGAGUAUUUUUCUUUAUUUACUUAAAACAUGUUUUACCCCAUGCUUGAUUGAAGAGGGGUGUGUGGUAAAAGCUUUCAGAGUGGCUUGCAACAGUCAAUAGUCAGAUUAUCAGUGCGGAGCAGCGGCAUUGCAGGGGGGGGCAGUUUGCCCCAGAUGCCAUCCCUGGGGUGUGUGUGACGAACCCCCCGGUGCAUCAAUGCAGCGGCACUCACAUCCCCCCUGCAGGGUGGAUCAGUCCUGCGCCGGUCGCACUCCAGGCGGCGGAUGCGAUGGUGGGGGGUGAUGGAGCCAAUAGCUACACCCUGGUGCAGAGUCCCUGCAAUUCUUUCUCUCCUUCUGCUGUACCAGAGUUGAGGAUUCCACCUCCAUCUGAGGGCCACAUUCCCUUCUAGGUAACGUUCCCAGGGCCACAUGGUAGUGAUGAGAGGAGUCAGAAGGAAAAGUGAGCACAGCAAAGAAUGUCCAUAUUACCUUACACUUACACAGCCCUCUCUGUCCUUCAUUCAGUCAUGCAAGAAGCGUUAUCAGAGUUCAAUGACACAUUCUAGCUAUCCCAAAACACUCAAGGAGGGGUCAAAGCAGGGCUGGUGAGCAGUGACACUAGGGAGGGAGUAUGACCUGGGGAAAGGCCUGGGGGUGCAUUCAGUCCCCAGCCCUAAAGUUCCCCAGCCUCGUUUUAUAGUCUGAUUGACCUAAAAGGGACUUACCUCUGAGCAGAUAUGCAUAGUCAGGGCUUCUUUUCAGCCGGAAUGUGGUGGAACUCAGUUCUGGCACCUCUCAGGUGGGCUCCAUUGCCAUUAUAAGAGAACAUGGGAGGCUUACAUGGUGAGUUCUGGCACCUCUUCUUCUAGAAAAAUAGCACUGUGCAUAGGAUAGCAUUUUUAAAACUUUAGAGGGAUGGUGAUGUGGGUAGUUGUUCCAUGAUUUAAUCAGGCAUAGGAAUCUGAUUGCUGAGCGCAUUCAGCAGGACAAAGAAGCAUUGUGGGUUAUUAAGGAAGCCCCUCCUUCUCUCUCUUCUCCACUUCUUCCAGGACUAGAUGCAAAUUUAGCUACAGGGCCCUGCAUGUUCCCUUUCGUCUUCCAAGGCAAGUGGUACAAAGCUUGCACAACAGAUGGGAGAUUCGAUGGGAAGCUCUGGUGCUCUCUUGUCACCAACUACGAUGAAAAUCCAACGUGGGCAUACUGUGAACCCUCAAGUAAGCAAAAUAGGGAAGUAUGUGGGAAAGGCUGUUCAGGGUGACAGACCAGAAAUGUUUCUCUUCCUUGUCCCAAAUAAGGGCUGAACACUUGGCCAUUAUUAUUAUUAUUAUUAUUAUUAUUACUACUACAUACCUGUCCUUCACUAUGAAGUCCCAGGCCAGGUUAAAAGUAGGGUUGGUCCUCACAAUAUUGGCUGCAUUCAGGAAGUACUUUAUUCAACCCAAUUAAACUGGAAAAUCAUGGGAGUUAUGUGCUAUAAUUUUCCCCAUGGUUUUUAUGUUAACGCACUACCGCCACGCAUGUGAUGAAAUCUGGGGCUGUAUUUCUGAAUCCAAUUCUUUCCUGGCCUUGGGAGAAAAGAAGCACACAUGAGGAUUAAGGGCUGAUGACCCGUCUGAUGGCACACAGUGUUGUGGGACACAAUGUGAACGAAAUCUAGUGCAACAUGCAGUAAUAUCCCUCAGGAAGACACCGUUCCAUAACUCCACAGGUAAUGCAGUGUACAAGGAAUGUUGGGAAAGGGACAGAAGUGCCAACACUGUAAACAGGAAAACGAAUACAAUAAUUCCCACAUCUGAAUGCACAUUAUAUCUAAGGUGUCAUUUUAUAAUAAAAUCCUACUGCAAUCAAUGAGACAAAUUCAUGACUUAAGUGGAUUUCAGUGGUACCCGAGUACAACUGACAUAACCUGGAUUCAAUCCAUUUCAUCUAUCUAUCUAUCUAUCUAUCUAUCUAUCUAUCUAUCUAUCUGCAGAAUUUGGCCAAUUCCCCUUACAGCUGGCUAGCAUGCACACAAAACGCAACGGAAUAUGAAUAUCACACCAAUCCCCUCUUUAUGUUGCUUCAGUUAAUGACUCACCUCUCCACUCUGUUUCUCUUCAGAACCUGCCUCCUGCGUCUUUCCCUUCAAGUUUAGGAACAAGUCAUACUCCUCGUGCACCAAAGAAGGAAGUUUUGAUGGGCAGCUGUGGUGUGCCACAACUCCAGACUAUGACAAAGACAGCAGUUGGAAAGGAUGUUCCCUCCAAGGUAGAGUCCUGAGCUGACUGCCUGGCUGCUGCCGGCUUUGCCUCCUAUUUAUGCGACUGGCCCCACCUCCAGCAGUGCUAAAUGACUGAGGUUUGGCGGGAACCUCCAAAGAAUAGCACUGAGAGGCAGGCCAGCCCAAGCAGCCGGUAGGUCCACAGGAUCCUGCAAAGGGCGCCCACAGUGUAAGUUGUGAGCGCUCAUUUUGGGCCUAGUUUGUGGUGCAAACCACCCUUUGAUGAAUAUUCAUCAUGGCAGUGCAGAAUCUAGCAACUGAGUAUGUAACAUCUGGGUUUUCAUCUUGAAGUAGCAGGGAGGUAUAAGGUUGUUCUGUACGACCUGGGAAUUUAUGUAGUAUAGGCAAGAUCAGGCAUAGGCAAACACGGCCCUCCAGCUAUUUUGGGACUACAAUUCCCAUCAUCCCUGACCACUGGUCCUGUUAGCUAGGGAUGAUGGGAGUUGUAGUUCCAAAACAUCUGGAGGGCCAAGUUUGCCUAUGCCUGGACAACGUGAACCUAGCUUGUAUAUCUGUAUAGUAUGUCUGUGUUUAGUAGCUGCUGUGAAUCGGAAGUGGGGAGGUUCCUGUUGGCACUCAUUUCUUGUAUGGGCUUCCCAUAGGCAUCUUGCUGGCCACUGUGAAAACAGGAUGUUGGAGGAGGUGGGCCUUGGCCUAAUUCAUUAAGUGUCUGUCUUUAUCUAGUCCUUGAAUGCAGAGGCAUUGCCCAUAUCGUUCAUACAGUUCUCUUUGACAACACGACAAAACUCUACGGCAUGUUAUUUUUUGUGUCCCCCCUGUCUGCAGAGUAUGGAGGGAACUCCAAUGGCCAGCCCUGCUGGUUCCCUUUCACCUUCAACAACCAGACAUUUGAUGCCUGCACCAAUGAGGAUGACGACGGCGAGAAGAAUGGGGGAUACUGGUGUUCCACUACUCCAAACUACGAUGAGCAAAAGCUAUGGAGCUUCUGUGCUGACACAAAUUUGAGAAGUGGGGAAGUUUUAUUACCAGGUUAGCAGAAAGCUGCCCAGGUGGGGGUGUAGGAGAAAGUUGGUUUCAGACAUGCAGCCUGAUCUUAUGCAUGUUUACUUGGAAGCCCAUGCCGCCAAGCAGAUUUUGAUCCUAAUGUGUUGAAGUAAUAUGCUGUAGGCUGCAAUUCAAUGCACACUUAUUUGGGAGCAAUUAACUUUUAAAUAAUCAGAAGUAUUAUUAAGAUAGCUUCCUAGCCUCCUUAUUCCUUUGCUAGAGGUGCUCAUCUCAUGAUUUUCUCUCACAUUCCACUCCCAACCCUCACGGGACAAGAUGGAGAAUCUACGAAGCGCUGUGUCUUUCCUUUCACCUACAAUGGCAAGUCUUACAGAAGCUGUACAUCAGAUGGGACAGUAAACUGGAAGUACUGGUGCUCUCUCACCAGCAACUAUAAUACAGAACGCCAGUGGAAAUACUGCGAACCUUCAGGUAGGAAUGAAUCCUUCUUGGUGCUUCAUAAAGUACUUUAUAGUAGGCAUGGGCAGCAAGAGCAACAGUGGAAGCGUCACAGAUUAGAAAGCUUUCAGUUUUCCAUUCUGUGCAGUUUUGUAUCUAUAUUUAGGUUCCCCUGAAGUCCUGGUUUCCUUUUACAGCUUAAAUCCCCCCCCCAACAAAACUUUACCUUAUGUUCAACAGAUUGGAAAAAACAAGAAGAUUAUCAGCCAUAAAGACAAGCGAGACCGGCAACUAUCAGUAAGGUAAAUGUGUUUCAUGUUUCCAUGUAAUUUUUAUUUGUCUCUCAAUCUGGGAACAUUUUUCAGCUUGAGGGGCACAUUCCCUUCUGGGCAACAUUCCAUAGUCUACAUGACAGUGGUGGGCGGGGCCAGGAGCAGCUGUGGGUUCAGCAAUAAAUGCAAAUUUUACCUCUGUACAGUAGGCUGGCUCCUUCACACUCUCACACCCUUCUCUAUCCUCCUUCCCAUCAACCAAGAAGCAUUAUCAGAGUCUGAUGAUACACUGGAGCCCAGCAAAAACAUCCAAGGAAGGUGCAAAGCAGGGCUGGUGAGGGCUGUGUCUCACAAAGAGUGUGAGGCCUGGAGAGAGUCCUGAGGGCUACCGUAUUUUUCGCUCUAUAAGACACACCAGACCACAAGAUGCACCUAGUUUUUGGAGGAGGAAAACAAGAAAAAAAAAAUUCUGAAUCUCAGAAGCCAGAACAGCAAGAGGGAUCGCUGCGCAGUGAAAGCAGCAAUCCCUCUUGCUGUUCUGGCUUCUGGGAUAGCUGUGCAGGCUGCAUUCGCUCCAUAAGACACACACACAUUUCCCCUUACUUUUCAGGAGGGAAAAAGUGAGAAUAUAGAGCAAAAAAUACGGUAAAUAGAUAGUGUUCUGAGGUUCUCCACCCUUGCUUUGGGCCCUGUCUCUUUUAACAUGCAAUACUGCUUAGCACUUCAGUAGACAUGAAUGAUCAAGAGUUAAUUUGGGGGAAAACUGGUGAUGAGCAAACUUCCUUUCCCUUCACUUAGAAUUAGGCUUAGCAAGUCAAGGUGAUUCCUACCUCCCCAAGCCACAUAUAGAUAACAGCUUGGUUUAUUUUCCUAAUUUUGAAAUUUGGACCUGGCCAUGCUUCCAAUCACAUAAAUAAGCACACAAAAGAGUCAGAAUUCUCUCUCAUCAAGUGCCAGGGGCAAGUGCCAGGAGCAGGUCAAUAAAUAUACACAGCAUCAGUGAACUUAACUCUUUAUUCCAAGAAACAAACAGCUCAGGAGGCCAGGUCUAGUGAGCACAUCAACUCUUCCUGGUAGAUCUUGCCCCAAUGAGGCAGUUGUGAGAACUGAAGGUCCCCGUCUUCCCACAGUUGUCUAAUCCUCCCCGCCCCCCCAGAUCCUUCCCAAGCAGUUUAAGUCUUUCUUGAUGUGUGUGUGUCUCCUUUGCCCUGGGAGACCAGGGGGAAGGAGAGCUGGUCACAGCAGGAAGGGGAGACCCUUUGGCUUCUUAAGCAGCCUGCCUGAUCUCUGCCUCUUUGACCUGCUCCUCUCUAGCUUCUGCUUCUGGCCUGAUGUCUGCUACAGACUCUUUCUGCUCAAUAAAUCCUGUCACCUCUUCAGCUUCCAACAUCUCCUCCUCCCAUUCUUCUCCCUUUUCUCCCUCUGACCACUCAUCGUCAUCCCACCACCACUCCCCUGGCUCCAAACCUUCUUCUCUUGGGGGUUCCCCAGCUAGUGCCUCCCACCACUCCUCUACAUCCAGCCUCCCCAUGGCAUCAAGACACACUGACUUGCACCCUCUUCUUUUUCUGGUUACCAAGUGACAGUUCUGGAAACCUUUCUGUAAGACCUUUUCUCCUUGGCUCCUUCAAGGCUAAAGUAGCAACACCCCAGGCACCAAUAAUUCUGUGAAAUGCAGUUUCCUAUGUUGCCCGAAUACUUAAUGCACACACUGGGUACUCUGGAAACGACAUGCCCCAGGGCUCCUUAUGCCUGAGAAUGCUGCCCUUUGGAGUAUUCAUGAAAUCAGUAUACUCAUGAACCCUGUGCCUUCUAGCUUUAUUGGACUUGCUACAUGCCUAUUGGCUCUGACAUUAGGUGUUGUUGGUAACUAACCAGCAUGUAUCUUUUCCCACCAGAUUACCAAAACCAAUCAACCAAUAUCUUGGACGUCUGUGAUUCCCACUACACUGUUUCACUAGUGGAAAGUGGCUAGUUUUCAUCUGGGCCUAUCCUGUUUCCACCUAUGCUACAACUAUGGAUAAAGUCUCUGACACACUGCAGCUGCUCUUCAUCCCUUGCCUAGGAUUCUGCUAGGGACCCAGUCUCUGAAGAUGUUUUACCUUCAUCACCAAUGAACAGCAGUUCAGAAGCACCACCAGAAUAUCUAACACUGUCGUCACUUUCAUCCUAGAUUUCCUCACUGAUACACAAACUCCUCCCCCGUCCUGUACUCACAUGAUGAGCAGCUCUGUGCUCAGUUGCUGAAAAACAAAAUUUAUUUUUCUCUUGUCUGACAGCUGUAGUCUUUUGGAUUAUACACAUGGUAGCCUAAGUCAUAUAAAUGCAUUUUAAUUAAAAUUAGUAAUUUAAAUCAAGCAGUAAUAUAAUUGUGCAUUUUCUGUACGGCCAUGAUUUCACUCCCUUAACAAUGAACAUAUGGGUUCGCAUCUGGGUUAUCAUUAAUCAUCUAAGAUUAUUAUGGUUGGGCAGAAGAGUAUAAAUAGGGUAGGCCUGGUGAAAUGUUAGAAGCUGGAGUGGUGUGAAUAGACAAGGGAGAAAAAAGAAGGGAGUACUGCCUACAGCAUCUCCUCCCCUAUAGCUGCUAUUCUCUAGCCUCUGCUAAUUGGAAUAAACUGUUUGAAGGAAAAGGGUUCAUUUGGGAUCAAAUCUGAAAUAUUUAAAUUUUGCUAUAUAAAGGGAGGGUGUACUGUGUAAUCUAGCUAGCAUGAAAUGAACACUAUUAUCAAGAACUGAUGAGGCUGCUCUGUUCUGGGCACCUAUAUAAUUGACCUCUGUGUACCAUUGCAUAGUUUACAUUUUGAUGACAAGAUGAUGUGUGAGUGAUGUUACAGAUGUGCACAAGAAAUGUGCAACUUUCAGAUGAUUGUGGGUGGAUGAUUGACCUGGGUUAUUGUAAAUGCGUCCUCCUGUAAUGCUAAGUGGU